CCCAACGUGUGACGUCACCCGCGUUACGGCGCGUGCGCACAUGAAUCGUCUCACACUACUGGCUAGAGAUCCUUGCGAGGAGACAACUGGUUUCCUUCACAUAUUUAUUUGGUGAGGUUUAAGCCUCAAGACAGAAUGGCAGACACAAAGCAUCUCGCAUUCUCCAUCAUCCAGUUUCUCCAUGAUCAGCUGUCUUCUGGGAGUCUGUCAUCAGAUGCUCAAGAAAGCUUAGAAGUUGCCAUCCAGUGCCUGGAGACGGCAUUUGGCGUCUCUGUAGAGGACCAGAGUUUAGCAGUCAGUCAGUCUCUGCCAGAGAUAUUUGCCUCUGCAACCAAACAGACACCUCAAGUUAAGACCAAUUCAUCCAGUGGUUCACCUUCAGAGGAGCAGUUAGCAGAGGCAGAGCAUCUUAAAACAGACGGUAACGAUCAGAUGAAGGUAGAGAACUUUAGUGCAGCUGUUGAGUUCUACUCUAAAGCCAUCCAGCUUAAUCCUCAAAAUGCUGUCUACUUUUGCAACAGAGCUGCAGCCUACAGCAAACUGGGGAACUAUGCUGGAGCAGUUCAAGACUGUGAACGAGCCAUUGGAAUCGAUCCAAACUACAGUAAAGCAUAUGGGCGUAUGGGGCUUGCUCUUGCAAGUUUGAACAAAUACUCAGAGGCUGUGAGCUUCUACAAGAAAGCGCUGGAGCUGGACCCUGACAACGACACUUACAAAGCCAACCUGCAAAUAGCAGAACAGAAGAUGGAGGGACAGCCCAGCCCAGCAGGGGGUUUGGGUGGAGUCGACCUGGCCGGUUUGCUGAGUAACCCUGGGUUCAUGAACAUGGCAUCUAAUUUAAUGAACAACCCGCAAGUGCAGCAAAUGAUGUCAGGUAUGAUGUCUGGGGCUUACGGUCCUAUGGGGGGAGCCACCUCGCCAGGAGCAACAGCUGGAGCUGGAGCUGGAGCUGGAGCAGGAGCAGGAGCAGGAGCAGGAGGUGCAGGUGCAGGUGCAGGUGCAAGCGCAGGUGGUGGUGCCAAUGAUCUCUCCAGCCUCAUACAGGCUGGUCAGCAGUUUGCACAGCAAAUGCAGCAGCAGAAUCCUGAGCUUAUAGAGCAGCUGAGGAGUCAAAUGCGCAGUCGACCUCCCAGUAGUGCUGGCAAUGACGAACACUGACACUCCCUAUGAGUUUCAUUCUUGACCUGGUGGACCUUUGGAAGAUGGGCUACUCUUUUAUUUUAAGAUAUACCUUGUACCUCCAACUCUAGGAACGAGACUGAAUUUAUUCAUCUAUAAAAACUGCAUGAGUUCCCACUGCCCCACAUUGCCCUGCCGGUUGGAAGAGGUCAUCAGUGCACAUGUACACAUCAUAAUUGGGCACUGGACUCCAGCAAAUGUUUAUCAAUGAAAUAUCACACUGGGUUAACACUAUAUUCCCAAGUAAUAAUCCAUGUUACUGGACUGUGAUUAAUGAAGUGCUGCUACAUGGACAUAAUGCAGAUUUGCUGUAACACCUCAGUGAUUCACUUGUCCAAUGACAAGUCUCUGUCUGAACUGAAAGGGGUUGACAAGGAACAUGUGCAAACAACAUUGACAAUUAAAUGUCAGAUUUCAAACAGGACUUUGUGUUUUUGCAGCUGAAGUUUCAUGUUUCACAACCACUUAUUGCUUGCAACCAGUGAGAUUUGUCAGAAAGUACCAUUACUUAACAAGUGUGGUUCUUAAUUUGUUCUGAACUUUUGGAUUAAAGGAAAUUUAUGUUUUUGUCCAUUUUGGAGAACUGAUAUGUGUGAUGGUAUAUUAAAAGGAACGGAUGUAAUCCGUAACAUCACUGUGUCUCAACCUAGCAAGCUGCCUGUAUAAAUAGCAUUUUGUGGAAUUGAAGGCAGUGUUGGGGGUAACGCGUUACAAGUAGCGUGAAUUGCGUAAUCAGAUUACGUUUUAAAAGUAACUAGUAAAGUAACGCAUUACCUUUUAAUGAGUUACUUUUUCAA